AUGCGGGCAACACACGAACGUGGCCAGCGGCGAUUGGCAGCAACACACGCGUACUUAGCGCACGACGAUGGUGGCGAUGAUGGCGAUCGCGCGGCGUUGGUGAUGGCGAUGCCGAUGAAGAUGACGAAUAACAAUGAACCGCCACGCAUCAAGUGCAAUCUACGCAAACACAAGCCAAAUCGUAAGCCGCGCACGCCCUUCACCACCCAACAGCUGCUCUCGUUGGAGAAGAAAUUCCGCGAAAAACAAUAUCUGAGCAUAGCCGAGCGCGCUGAAUUCUCCUCGUCGCUGCGUCUAACCGAAACGCAAGUGAAAAUCUGGUUUCAAAAUCGUCGCGCCAAGGCGAAACGUCUGCAAGAAGCCGAAAUCGAGAAGAUCAAAAUGGCGGCGCUGGGACGCGGUGGACCGGGUGCGCAAUGGGCGAUGGCCGGCUACUUUCAUCCCAGUCUAAUGCAUUUGGGAUAAGUAGCUAAGCGUGUAUCGCACAUUAUGCUCUGCAAUAGAUACACUUGGCAACUAAAAGCUUAGACCCAGUUCUUACAUAAUACAUUUCAUACCUUUUCAUUAGUUAAGUUAGACAGUGGGUUUACAGAGAAAUGCAUCAAGGAAAUUUCGUAUAAAGCGAGCUGAGCAUCUUAUACUAAUAUGCAGUGUCAAUUCAAAAGUGUUCUCCACGAAAAAUUUUGAAAAUUUUCUAAAAUUAUAUUCAUUUGCUGUAUAAAUUUUGCAGAUGAUUUUUGUUGUUGCAAUCUUUAUGGCCCAUUGUUUGCUGCUAGUUUAUAGAUUAUAGUUAUGUAUUCGUAGUUUAACUUACCCCAAUUGCUGUGAUGUUAGCGCAUUUUACAUUGUAACUGUAAAUAUAUACAAAGAAUAAAUUUUGAAUUGUAUAAAAAUUCAUAAUUAUGUAUAGUGGAAUUCAUAAAAAUAAGUUAUUUAGUGGAAAUAGUAACACGAAAGUUUCCAAAAAGGGCACACAAAAUCAGUUCACUCAACAAUACAAAAAUUACUAAAUUUUUGUUAUUGUAAAUUAGUUCAAAAAAAUUUUUUCUAUUGAAAAUUGGUUUAAAAAAAUUUAAAAAAUAUUAUCUGGCAAU